AUGACCAUUUGGAAAAUAUUUCCAAUCCUUUUGUACCAUAUGGUUCUCAAUUCGUUUGUUCCAUGCACAACAACGAAGGGAGAGAGACCAUCGGGUCUCCCCUUAAGUGAAGAAAACAUAAAGAAAAUUCUGUCCAUUAACCAUAUUGAUAACUUUGAUGAGUAUCUAAAAUUAAUUAAGUUCAAAUAUGAAAUGGUCGAAAUAGCCAAUGAACACUUUAAAAAAAUCGCUAGCCAUGAAAGACGCAUUCUCCAAAAUUCCAAAGACAUUUUAGUUAAAGUUCUUAAGAAAAAUGCAAAAAAAAAUAAAUUAAAAAUUUCACAAGAGUAUUUGCAAGAUACGGCUCAGUACAUCCUCAAUGAAUUAAGAAGAAUAAAUGAAGUGAAAAGAAUAGAACAAGAAGUGUACGAUGAAAAUUGUGAUUCCUACAGAGAGGACUAUUACGAAUAUAGAGAUAGACAAUUUGAUGCAGCCUUUGAAAAUGCUCACAGCAAUUGGGCUAAUAACGAAUUAACAAAAGAUUUUGAUCCCCAAUGGAAAAAAGUCAAGUGGGAUUUAUGGGUCGAUUAUUUUAAUGACAUUUUGCAAACCCUAAAAAUUAAGGAUUACAUGCUACAUGUCUCAAUUCUGCAUCUAAGAACUAUUUCUAGUUCGUGCAAAGAAAUCUAUGAUGCUUUAAAAGCCACAUUAAUUCAAACCUAUAAAAAUCCUUUCACACAAGAGUACUACAAAUUUCUGGAUUCAUCUGUGGAGGAUUGGGAAAAACAAAAGAAGAAUCAGCCACAGGAAAGGAAGUCACAGUAG